ACUGGUGUCAUGGAGGCCUUGCGUUAACCUUGCGCGUUCACGGUCGGGUUACCUAGAUCGAAGGCGUCGAAGGGGCGACCUCCUUGAGGACUGUAAACGAGACUGAAGCACACCGAAGUCGAUAAGGGAAUUGCGUCUCGCAAGACGUCGUUGGCAAAUUGCACCUACGCAAACAUCGGUCAGUCGGAGGAGCCUGCGGGUUUGAGGAACGACUCCCGACGAACCAGCGACGCUCGUCGACGCUACAGGCUAACUUCAAGCAAUGGAAACUGCUACAGCGGAGACCGGCGGCGAACAAAACGGCCGCAGCCAGCAGACAGAUGGAGUUGCACUGUCGGACAUCGGAGCAUACUUUAGUGCACCAGCCAAACGUCACUUAGCCACCUGGGAGGAGCUUGAGCUGGAGUUGCACGUCUCGGGCCCCUACGUACCGGGCAGCUGCUUCAUCGAGGUUUGCACAGCAGAGUCGAUGAAGCAAGGCACGCUGAUCUCUUUUGACAAGUGGGUCCAGCAGACCGUUCCAGACACCUUUAACAUAUUCAUCUCCCAAGAUUACAGACUGAAGCCUGAGACUGAGUAUGUGGCACGUUUUCUGCACGAAGGCAUCGCCAUUGCCAUUAGUGAGAGCUUCAGUUUCUUUGAAGGCGACAAUACUGACGAGCUGUUUGUCUUGAGCGUGAAGGAACUUCGCGAGCUCACUGCAUGCAGGAAACAGUUACGAGGAUGUCAGGCCAAGCUGAGCCAAGUUGAAAAGCAGCUGAGAGAAGAGAAGCAAGAGAGGUCUCAUGAACGUGAGCACAACCAGCUAAAUGAAGCUGUUGUCUGGGAACUAAAGCAAGGCAUAACAGCAAAGAAUGCCGAGUAUGCGAAAUCUCUCAGCGAGAUGGAAAGGAAGCAUAGGCAAGACAUGGAAGUUAAAGAGACAGCACUUUCAUGCACAAGAAAGCUGUUGGACGUGUCUACCAAGAACUUCAAUACCCUCAAGGCUGAACAUGAAGCACUUGUGGUGGACCACAAGCUGCAGCAGGAAGCACUGGAAAAUGUUCAGGAACAGCUGUAUGCGCAGGAAAGCACAAAAGGCUUGCUUCGCAGUGAACUCCAGAGCUUGCAGGAAAGCAGGGCCAAGUUUGCCCUGAGGGUUGUGAAUGUGAUGACAGAAAAUGACAGCCUCAAGGAGACCAUCCAAAAGUUGUCCCGAAAGCCUGCUAUGUCUGACAUUAGCACGAGCACUGAGGAUGACGACGAGAGACUUGACAAUGAGGUGAACAAUAACGUUGUCGUCAGCGCAUCAGCUGCCAAGGAGCUCGAGGACCAAGUCCGGGAGAUGGUGGCCCGGCUCAGCGCUGCGGCCGACGAAUACACCAAGCUAUACCGGAAGUAUAAGAAGCAAGAGAUGCUAAUGGCACGCUGCCAUUGUGCAACAGCAAAUGACCAGCGCGCUGCCCAGUUCUCGGCAUCUAACCCACAGAUCGCACCUGCCAGGUUAACCCCAGCCGUGCCUAAGGAAUUUGCGACAAGGAAGGUUUCAGUCAGUGUGCCAUCCAUUGCUGAGUUGAAGGAGAUCGAAAUGGCACGUUUCCCCACCCUGGUAGACUUGUCCUGCAGCCUUCCCGGCGUUUCGAACCCAACCUGCCACGAGUGCCCUCCCACGACGGUGGGAGCCGCCGCCAGUACCACCAAGACUGCCAGCUUUGCCAGCUCGUCUCACCAUGUCGGCACACGGCCCAAGGAAGCAACAAACUUUGCCAUCAUCUUCGACAGCCAGGAGGGCAGCAUUGCCGCACCGGUGAUCACCAAGUCGCGCAAGGUCUCCGCACCAGCUUGGAGGCGAACCCCUCGGAUAUCCCCGAUGUCCAGGAGUAGCCGGCUGGCCACGCAAAGCAGCAGGCACGGCUGGAACGUGCCAUGCGGAUUGCAGCCUUGCGGGCUGCUGCCCUACGGCGUGCCGCCUUACGGAUUCGGCGGGCCGAUGACAAUAAGCCGCAGAGACCAACGCCUGCAAGACGCGGCCGCACAGACGGAUGGAACCACGACGGCAGACAGCGCAGCACAAGUGGAAGCCACUGCGCCAGUAGUUUCUGGAACGCCUGAAGAGGAAGCUGCUGUGGACCUCGACAGUGCAUAUGUGGCAAUUGAGAUGCCUGAAGCAAACAGCGAGUCAACACAGCCAGCCAGUACAGAGCCUGCGACAGAGACUUGUGUCCUGUGUACCGAAGAAGUAUACGACCUCGAGCAACACUUGAGGGCCAUCCACAAGCAGCAGCCCUGCCCCGUGUGCAAUUGCCUGUUCGAGACUACACUGCCCAGCACCUAUCUGGAGAAUCACAUUGAGGAUCAUUUCGUUCCUCCCUUGUCCUUUGAGUAGAGCCAGCAUUGGUCUGCUGUACGUGCAUUCAACUAUACCACUGGUGGUGGCAACAAGAUGUCAAAGCAAACAUCUUAUCUCUGCUGUUUGGGCCCAUAUUUCAGCAUCGGUUCCAUGCCAUUAAAAUGGUUCUGCAUUUGUUGUCACUUCUAGCAGUUUUAACAGACAGCAUAAGCGAUAUGCUGCAUAGUACUAAAUUGAUAGCACACUGUUUUAGCUCUCUGCUGAGUGAUAGAAGCUUAAGCAGAGGGCAAAAGUGAUAGCAGAUAUUUAGCAUACUAAUUACCUUAUUUACAGUAGUAUUUAAUAAGUUAGAGCUGCCAGUAGUUGGUUGUACUGUAGCAAAAUUGAACAUGUUUAUGCAAUCUGUUUAUUUCUGGAUUGGAAUACGAACUACUGCAUCACACAUGGCAUAAUUUUACCACUGUACUUAUCAGUUUUCUGCAGAAAUGUCUGUUCAAACAUCUUACUGCAUGUGUUAGUGCUGUCUUCCCGUGGAUGUUGUGAUUUGCUUUCAUUUGUCCGUGAAAAUGACCUCUAAAAAUAUCGGCACAAACCAUGUGGUGGAACAUUGCUGUCACUUGUGUGCACGACAUAGGUGUGUUGUUUUCCUUCGUAAAUUCUGCGUAAUUUACUACAAUACACAUGCCUGCUUUUACUGCUUUGUUUGUAUUGAUACCGCAUAUAUGCUUUUAUCUCAGUAAUCACUCUUUUGGUUUAGUCACGGGCUACGGUGGCUCUUCUCAUUUGGGGGAAAUUUAUCUUUGCAUAUUUUUACUCUUAAGCUUGCAUUGGUUCCAUGUUAUGUCGAAGCCGAUGCAGGUGAUGGAUGAUGUAUGCUGUGCUACGCCAUCGAUAUCUCGCUACAAAUAAGAUAAAAGAAUUUGUUUGUGUGGACAUCCUCACCUCGUGUGUUGCCUCAUUUGGUAUGGCCCUUGCUAUACAAUAAGUAUAUUGAGCGUUGUUCGACUGCCAGGUAUUCUGUAGAAUCUGUAAAGUUUGAUUAGGCUAGUACGUGUAGAUUACUUGCUGAAAGUGUAUGUACAUUCAGCCACAAAUGUUUAUGGGGUGUAGAUGCCACGAUAUAUGUGAACUAAGACGUUCGAAGUUAAGGCACCAGUAGCGGCUUUGUGGGAAUCAGGUUCCUUGCAAAUCUGUGUUCCAGAAACCUUUGUGCAACUGUAUGUCGUGCGUUGUUACAGGGCCGUCUUCCUCCCUCAAGGCGACAGCAUUUAGUUGCCUUGUAAAAUUCUGAAAAGCUCCCUUAAUCAAAUCUUGCACAAUUUUCGUUCAGAAUAUUUUAUGCAGACUGCACCAAGCUCAAGUUACUGUAGAGCGUGUUUUAGUUGCGUGGAGCACAUAUGGGAAAGCCGGUGGCAAGCAUUCGAGUUAUUGGAUUUCGGACUGAUCUGUAGCUUUUAUGUUUUAAUGCUAUUAAUGGUACGCACGAAUGUAUGACAAUAUUUUUGCACACCUGCUUAUUUCAUAAAUUAACCGGCUCAUUCUUAGUCUGUAAGCUAAUUUGAACCACAAAACUGUCAUGUGUUCACAUUUCAUUCCAUUUUGCAUGUAAAUUUGGUGUGUAGCCUUCACAUUUGAAGCUCUUGCACCAUGUCUGGAAGUAAAGCCUAAUAAUAAUAGUAUCUGGGGUUUAACAUCCCAAAGCCUCGAUAUGAUUAUGAGAGAUGCCGUAGUGGGGGUCUCCGGAAAUUUUGAACCACCUGGGGUUCUUUAACAUGCACCUAAAUCUAAGUACAUGGGCCUCAAACAUUCUUGCCUCCAUCGAAAAUGCAGCCGCUGCGGCCGGGAUUCGGUUCCCCAACCUUCGGGUGAGCAGUCGAGUGCCAUAACUACUAGACCACCGGGCGGGACGGAAGUAAAGCCUUGGACCUGACACUUUGCAAUAAGUUGUCAAAGUACCAAGCCAAGCUAGAGCUGUAGACACAAUACUGUGUAAUACGAGAAUGUAAGGAUAGUUCAGCAAUUCGAAGCCUUGUGCUGUUGCAGUGGAUUUCAGUAAAUGUAUGUGCAUUUAUGGAUGUCAUCUCCCAGUCUGGCUUGAUUUGGUAUUUACCUCUGGUUUCAAUGUGCUAGCUUACUGUCCAAAGCCUUGCUUUGAGUUUUAUCUCACAACCGAUUUCUGCAUGAUAAGUUUAUUAUUGUACCUAGAAUAUUGUCAUGUUAACAAACAUUUAGCUUUACAACAAUGUUAACUGCUAGCUUUACGAUUAGCUUGUGAUUGGUUGGAGCAGUGCAACUGGUCUUGGUAAUAUUUUAAUUGGGAAUUCUAAACUAAAUGUACAGUAGUGCACAAAAAAGGUGCAUUUCAUCAUUGGUGUAAAGAAGAAAGUAACACUUUCAGCAGCUCAUGCAACAUGCCACUGAAGAGGCAUGUUGUCAAAUAUGAUGUGUACGCUCAUGUUGUCAAAUAUAAUGUGUACGCUCAAGUGUACGCAAUAUAGAGAUGCAGUGAUUAUCGCUAAGCGUAGUUAUUGCAGUGCUGAGGUACCACAACAAUCAAAACUGCAAGAAGCACUGAAAUUUCUUAUUAAAGGGACUCUAAAGAGAAAAACUAUUUUUGUCAUAUUAGUAAAUUACUCUUUCACAAUUCCAAAAUCAUUACUCUCACCGUGAGAAGAUUCUUCGCAAGCGAGAAAACGCACAAAAAGAAAAUGCAAGUGGCGACGCCACCUUAAAAUUCGCGCAACAAACGUCAUGACGUCAUACAUUUUGGUGGCAUCUAUUAGGUCCUACCUAGUACCUAACCAGUAAAAAUGAAGUGCAUUGUCCUCUGAGGUGGGCCAUAGACUUAGAAUACCAAGUUUCAAGAAAUUUUGUUAAGCUAAUGUUGCCAAAAUAUGAAAAAGACACUUUGCAAUCCGUGACGUCACGUGAGGCAAUUUCGGCACGAAAUUUAAAAAUGACUUUGACCUUCAUUUUCUCCUCUAUUAGUACAACUAUGAUGGUGAAAUUAAUGACAUUCGAGUUCUGAGACAACAAUUUAUCAAUCUAAAUGGAUUCAUUGUUUCUCUUUAGUGUCCGUUUAACAGUGAUAAUCUUAGUGCCCCAGGCAGUGCACCACUUUUUUUACAUAUAAGGUUCUUUACAACGACGUGGCAAUAGAAUGGAAGGCACUGCUAAACAUUCAGCAUAAAUAAUUUCUGGGUUGUAUGCGCCAAAACCAUAUGAUUGUAAGUCUCGUCAUAGUGGGAGACUCCGAAUUAAUUUUGACCAACUGAGAUUCGUUUAACGUGCAUCUCAGUCUAAGUACACGGGGUGUUAUCCCAUUUCGCCCCCAUUUAAAUGUGCCUGUUGUGGAGGGAGUCCAACCUGUGACCUCGAGCUUGGCAGCGAAACACCUAAGCAUGCUGAGCUACCACAAGGGAAGCCCGAACCUUCAGCAGCAUUAAUCACAUGGUCACAUGAAUGUCUUCCCGUGACCAUACUUGUUCAUCUCUUAAUAUAUAACAUUAACGUAAGGUAGUCUGAUAUUGGCUUCAAGAAAACCUAUCUGUGUGAGUAUGUUUUCUUUAGGAAAUUGUUGCAGUUGAUGUGGUCAUGGUUGUAGUAACGCUGCAUUCAAGAAAUGAGCACGACCAAUUUUAUUGGAGACUAUAUCGCUGUUGUGUAACUUUUUUUUUAAUAUAAAAUAACUGUUGGAAUUUUGCCAUGUUUAUGGGCAUAAUAACCACAUGGAUUCCUCAGUGAAGAAAAUUGUGCUUCCAGACGUGCUUCAACAAAAUGCAUACUACUUGCCCAAACAUUCACAUUCAUAAGAAAUGUAAUGUCUCAAUGUGCGGUCUUCAUUUCAUCACACAUUACUUACACCUGCAUGCAAUAAACGGUAGAUUAUAAAUGGAUGUAGCACCACUAGAAACGAUCUGUCGUGCAUAUCAGUUGGCCUUUAUUGUUGUUGUAGGCCAGUUCCCAGAAAAAGAAAAUAAAAUGUCACCACUACUCAACUGUUUUUGAUGCUUUGUUGGUAUGUGCAACUUGGGGCAGUUUGCGGACACAAAUGACUUCUUAAAGUUGGGUGUAUUUAGCACUUUUCGUUUUUGUUGAGAAAAAUAUGACUUAAAUGACUCCAAUUAUUUCCAGCUAUAAUUGACUAUGAAUAUUGCAUCUCAGUGCAUACCCAUCUCAUGCAUAUUUUGAAUAAAGUUGCAGACUACAAAUCA